AUGGCUGCCACCAACCCUCUAUCCCUUUCCUGCUCCUCCCAAACACACACUUCUCCCCAUUUUCUCCUCCCUCGUAAACCCUUUCUUCUCCUUUCCACCCGUCACUCAAACCGCUAUGCACGCCCAAAGUCUCUCCGACUCAAAACCACCUGUAAAGCCACACAAGUGUCCGUCACUGAAGAGUCGUCCCCAUCCGGAAACUGGGUUCCGGUAGUGCCAGUGUCAGCUCUUCCUAGAGGAGAGCGGCGCGUGAUUAUUCAAGAAGGGGAAACCAUAUUGCUUCUUUGGUAUAAAGAUCAAAUAUUUGCGAUUGAAAAUAGGUCACCUGCUGAAGGUGCAUAUUCCGAAGGAUUGAAAAAUGCCAAGCUCACUCAGGAUGGUUGUAUAGUUUGUCCAACAACUGAUAGCACAUUUGAUCUAAGAACAGGAGAGAUCAAGGAGUGGUAUCCAAACAAUCCUGUUCUGAGAGUUCUAACACCUGCUUUGAGGAGUCUCUUUGUAUAUCCUGUCAAAACAGAUGAAAAAAAUAUUUAUAUCAGCAUCACAGGAGGUUUCAAAUCUGAUGCUGCUACUGAAAUUGUCUUUAGCGGGAAGGCGCAACCCGGUAUAACCGCAUCUGAUGUAAAUGUCGAUGAGGUUAAAAUGGUGGUUGAUGAGACUCAAUUGGGAUUUGGCUUCAGUAGAAAGAACGAAAUAAUAAACGGUAAAGCGGCUGUUAUUGGAUUCCUUCUGUUGUUGGAUUUUGAACUUUUAACAGGUAAGGGACUCUUAAAAGGAACAGGUUUCUUGGAUUUCAUAUACUCCGCUUCUAAUGCUCUCAAUUAG